AUGGAGCCAAGCACCAAGCGGCAAACUAUUUUACCAAAUCAAUUGUGGUCAAAGAGAGGAAUUGUUAAUGCGAAGGAAUCCGAGUUCAAUGGAAGAGAUGACGAUGUGAAGCAGGAUACUGGGGGAGAAGCAAGCCCGCCGAAGAAGCCCGUCGAGAGAAACCAUCUACACCGAAUAGGUGUUCCCAUCAAACCAAGCGAAAAGAGUGCAUCUCAUGCCCUUUCCAAGCAAAGCCCACUCGACAAGUUUCACAAAUCAUACAACAUUGACCAGGCUGGAACAGGAAUAAUAGCCUUGAAAGACACUAAGAACCUCCCCAUAUGUCUGAUAAAGUGCCGUGACGCUGGAAAGAUGCGAUCUAUUCGAGGACUGCAAUUUGCCAGUCACAGAAACAUUCUAUCCUUGAUUGAUCACUUCCAAUCUGGGGAUAAACUUCAUUUGGUCUACGAGUAUGAGCAUUUGGCGAUCAGUCUUGGUUGUGUUGCGGGAAAUGUUCAAUUCAGCGACGCAGACAUAGCGACAGUUUGCAAAGAGAUCUUGGAAGGACUUAAAUUUAUUCACUCGGCCUUGAAGACUUCAUAUGGCUUGCUAGAUUUCAGCAAUGUCCUUCUUACUUGGCAAGGCGAAGUCAAGCUUGAAGCAAACAUCGGAGAAUGCUUGUUGAAAAAAGAUUCCGCCGACACGAUGCAGAAAGAUAUUCAAGACGUUGGGUCAAUUGUAGUGUUCCUAAGCGACCGGACCGCCGCAGUCCUCGAGUCAAGCGAUGAUCUAAAUACGUCACCUCUUUCACGGCUAGCCUAUUUAUUUGUGCAAAAAAGUAAGAAAGAUACAACCGCGGAAAGCAUGGCAAAAGACGAAUUUCUGCAUCUUGCCAACCCUGGGGGGGCGUGGAGUUUGAAGCGGCACUAUUUCAAAACCUUACCUCUAGGCAUCCGCAUCGGAAGUCAAGCUAAUGACGACGAUAAUUAA